AUGGCCUCCUCCCUGGUUGCGAAACAUCCUGUCCAACGGAUGUCUAGCCCUUCCCGGGGGUUCUCUGCCCUGGUCCACUUAAUCGGUUUAGCCAGCUUUAUCGGCUCAUUCAAAUUUAUGCACGAGAAUCCAAAUCGCGCUAACGAAGCGUAUGGUUGGCAUUUUCAGUAUCUAACCGUUAUCGGUCUUGCCUUGUCGACUCUCACUUUUGCUUUCGCGCUGUUGGCGGAUCUGACCCUGUCCGCCCGGCUAUUUCUCGUUAAGAAUCUCUUGUCGAUUUGUAGCGCUCCGAUGGAGGUGCUUAUUAGUGUUCUAUACUGGAGUCUUCGCAUGAUCGACGAGCGCUUGGUGGUACCGGACUGGGCCUAUAUUCCAAUGCACGCUGAUAUUGGUUUUCACGCCGUCCCAGCCAUUGUGUUAUUGAUCGAUCUCCUACUUCUUUCCCCUCCAUGGACAAUCAGUAUCUUACCGGCCCUUGGUCUAUCAAGCACAAUCGCGUUUGGUUACUGGAUCUGGAUCGAACAAUGCUAUAAGUACAACGGAUGGUACCCGUACCCAAUCUUUGAGCAGGUGCCUUUCGAAGGCCGCGUGGGUCUUUUUGUGAUGAGCGCCAUUGUCAUGGCUCUGAGCACCGCAACCCUGCAAUGGCUCUACGGACGUGUCAAUGGCUUUGGGACAGCUUCAAAACCCCGAUCUCGUCCUGGUGCUCUGAAGCAGAAUGGCGGUCUCUAA